AUGACUGAAACAAAAACAUCCUUAAGCAGGCUAGGUCGCGUUCGGGUCGACUCUGAGCAUAACAAGGGCAAUGCCAAUUUCAGGGUCUACUUAGUCAGUUUACUGUUAGUCCGGGCUGACGGUAUGUAUGGAGGUGAACAAUGCGGUGACAUUGGCGGGAAGAAAGGAAGGAACGCUACCUGCAUAGUAAUUGCGGCGCUAUGCGUCUGCGCAUCACGGUACCACGUACUCCGAGCCCGGGCUACAUUAACCGAAAUUUGUACGUCCAGUACAAUAGUGAGUUCGUGA